AUGGGACCCAAGGCCGUAUCCAAGACCCCUACCAAGACUGGCAAGCAGGCCAACGCUGCUGCCAAAGCGGCUCUCCGUGGCUCGUAUGCGAACAAGAAGCGCGCGAUCAGGAAGAACACCAGCUUCCACCGCCCCAAGACCCUCGAGCUGUCCCGCGCCGGCAAGUACCCUCGCAAGUCGGUCCCCCAUGCCCCCCGCAUGGACGCUGAGAAGGUCCUCAUCCACCCUCUCAACACCGAGUCCGCCAUGAAGAAGAUUGAGGAGAACAACACCCUCGUCUUCAUCUGCAACGUCAAGGCCAACAAGCGCCAAAUCGCCGCCGCCCUCAAGAAGCAGUACGACGUCAGCUGUGUCAAGAUCAACACCCUGAUCCGCCCCGACGGCUCAAAGAAGGCUUUCUGCCGCCUCACCGCCGAUGUCGAUGCUCUCGACAUUGCGGCCACCAAGCUCGCCAUCGUUUAA